CGUACCUGCAUAUUUCAAACCAAAAUGGCGGAAGAGGGAGAUCCUGAAUGGUAGGUGACGACACCGAGCUUUGUUUUUCUUGUCCCGUGCCUCUCUACUGUCAUGGAAACUAUGCGCCCUAGGGCUAUAGAAACUAUGGUAACCACAGAGGUGGUAUAGCAACAUUUCUGGUGUAAUUUCUCAGGCAUAAACGUUACCGAGGAAAUCUAAAAUCAACCUGAGCGCAAGACCGUCAUAAAAAUUAUAUUUGACAGAUAGUAAUUUGUACCACCGGUAUCGGGACUUUUAACCAACAUGUCGAAGAAAAACGCAGAGAGUGUAAAGGUGGUUGUAAGAUGUCGUCCACUGAACCAGAAGGAGAUAAAAGACGGUCACCAGCGGUGCGUGGACAUGGACGUACCCCGCGGGGUGAUCCAAAUCACCAACCCGAACUCCCGCAACACAGAGCCGCCCAAAACAUUCACCUUCGACGCCGUCUACGACUGGAACUCCAAACAGAUAGAACUCUACGAUGAGACUUUCCGGCCCCUUGUGCAGUCUGUUCUAGACGGCUUCAACGGAACCAUCUUCGCGUACGGACAGACGGGCACGGGUAAAACCUGGACUAUGGAGGGCGUGCGGACCGAUCCGGAACUGAGAGGGGUGAUUCCCAAUUCAUUUGAACAUAUCUUUACCCAGAUAUCCCGUUCCCAGAACCAACAGUACCUUGUACGCGCUUCCUACUUAGAAAUCUACCAAGAAGAGAUCAGAGAUCUACUGGCCAAAGACCAGAGCAAGAGACUGGAGUUAAAGGAAAGGCCAGACACAGGGGUGUAUGUCAAGGACUUGUCCUCAUUUGUAACCAAGAGUUCCAAAGAGAUCGAACAUGUCAUGAAUGUGGGCAAUCAGAAUAGGUCUAUAGGAGCCACCAACAUGAACGAGCACAGUUCACGAUCGCACGCGAUCUUCAUCAUCACCGUGGAGUGCAGCGAAGUGAGAGAGGAUGGGGAGAACCACAUCCGCGUGGGGAAGCUCAAUCUCGUCGAUCUGGCCGGCAGCGAACGACAAGCCAAGACAGGUGCUACCGGAGAGCGCCUGAAGGAAGCGACCAAGAUCAACCUGUCCCUUUCUGCACUCGGAAACGUCAUCAAUGCCCUGGUAGAUGGGAAGUCUACGCACAUUCCAUACCGUGACUCCAAAUUGACACGCCUCCUGCAAGACUCGCUAGGCGGGAACGCAAAAACCGUCAUGGUUGCAAAUAUCGGUCCUGCCACGUACAACUAUGACGAGACCAUGAGUACACUACGGUAUGCAAACCGAGCCAAGAGCAUCAAGAACAAGCCCAAGAUUAACGAAGAUCCCAAAGAUGCUCUCUUGCGAGAGUUCCAGGAAGAAAUCGCAAGGCUGAAAGCCCAACUGGCCAAGAAAGGACCUGGAGCAAAGAAAGAAAAGGGUUCUAAGAAAGGGAAAAGGAGGAGUCGCCAGAAGAGUGAGUUUGGCUCUGAUGAGGAGAUAGAAGAUGAAACAGAAGAGGACAUCUCUGAGGAAGACACAGACAAGUACAUACAGGAACAACGUGAGAAGCUGGAGAAAGACAAGGGGGCGAUCCUGCAGGAUAAGAACAUGCUGGCUGAUGAGAAGGACAAACUUCUGCAGGAGAUGGAGAAGAGAGACAAGGAGCUGAAACGGCAGCAGGAGGCCAGAAACUUGCUAGGGAACAAGAUCAAGGCCAUGGAGAGCAAGCUUCUGUGCGGUGGGAAGAACAUCGUGGACCACACCAACGAGCAGCAGCGCGCCCUGGAGCAGCGGCGCCAGGAGAUUGCCGAGCAGAAGCGGAAGGAGCGGGAGAUGCAGCAGAAGAUUGAGGAGCAGGAGGAGACCACCAUCGAGAUGAAGGGAACAUACACCUCCUUACAGCAGGAGGUCGACAUCAAGACUAAGAAACUUAAAAAGCUGUUUGCCAAGCUCCAGGCAGUGAAGUCUGAGAUCCAGGACCUUCAGGAGGCUCAUAUCAACGACAGGCAGGAACUAGAGCAGACUCAGAUGGAGCUGACCAGGGAACUCAAACUCAAGGUCCUGGUGAUAGAGAAUUUCAUCCCACCUGAGGAGAAGAAGAAGAUCAUGGACCGCUCCUACUUCGAGGAGGAAGAAGACACGUGGAAACUCAAACCUUGUUCAAAGGCUGAUACCUCCACCAUGGCCAACAGACCUGUGUCUGCCAUUGGUGGGCGCAGACCUGAGACAGAGUACGCCAGGAUGGCAGCCGUCAUGAACGGAAACCCUCGCUUCAAGGGAGAGAAUAUCCUGUUUGUGGAGCUGGACAUGCCGACCCGCACCACGCGGGACUACGAGGGUCCUGUGGUGGCACCCACCGUCCAGGCCGCGCUGGACAAGGCCCUGGAGGAGGAGGAUAACCUGGAGGUGGACGCCAGCCAUGACCUCUUCUCUCCUGGCAAGAGGAGGGACAAGAUAAAGGGCAGCAAGUCUUCACGACCUAAAACUGGAAAGAGAACAUCUGCUGGCGGGAAAGGAACUGAGUCACAGCAGUACCCAGAGGCCCGUGGGCUUGUCCGAAAGUGAGACUUCAGCAAAGCAUCCUGGGUGGAAAACCUUCAUCAGCUGUUACUCCUGUGACCAUUCAGCCAUGCCACCUAGUGACCACAAGCAGAAUUGCACAUGUAUUGAAUUGUAAAUAUGAAUAGGCAUUGUCCAAGUGAUUCUUGGCAAUCAGAGAAUGAUUCCAUAGAAAAUGUUGUUCUGUGAAAAUGAAACUGUAUUGUAUAUCAGGACCUUACUGGUUACAAAAAAUCUUUGUUUUUUUGGUGCUGCUGUUUAGUAAAUCGUACCUUAAAUUUUGCAAUUUGCAUAUCUUUAUAAGUAAAUGUUAUUUUCUAUGUAGUUGAGUUUUGAGAGUGUUUGCCUUCUAUACAUUUUGACUCUGUUGUAAUGUAGUUGUACUUGUGCACCAGUCUAUGCAACAAUUUAUGUAUGUGUACCUGUUUAACUUUUCUUGUUUAAAUGCUGCAUAUAGUUAAAAUCAUUUUUGUAUCCAAUGGCUAUUUUGCCACUGGCAUGUUUGUGCAUUACAUUCACAUAGAACUAUGAGGACCAAUCAUUGAGAAUGAAAAAAAUGACCACUGCCUUGCCAACUGUAGGGCUCCACUUGUGAUCAGUGCUGGUAUAAACUGGCAGCUUUCUGUGCUGCCGAUUUUCACAGAAUGCACUGGAGUUGAAACGCCUUUUCUGAGCACAACAUCGAUUGACAAGGCUGCAUCACCAAACACAGAACUUCUGUGAAUAUGUUAUAUAUGUAGGAAAAUGUAGGAAAUGACAUGUUGCAUGUAAUGAUAUCAUUCUCCAAGCUGUUUGUUUUUUAAACCAUUGACUUUCUGAGGUCUAAUAUGGUGAAUUACUUCUCUAUGAUUCUUUAUCUCAGUGAUUGUGCUAGAUUAUUUGUUAUUGAAUCAGAUUCUUUUAAGUCAGAUACAAAUGUAAAAGUACAUAUAGGAAACAAUUGUAGCAUAUGCUAAAUGGUAUUUGGCCAGAAUUGUGGUAUAGCUCUGUCAUGCACACUGUUGUGUGUGUGUGCAAUACAGCUCUUGAACCUGUGA